AUGGGUCAAAUACUUUCACAACCCGUUACAGAAAAACAUUCUGAAAAUUCCGGUGAUGAUCAUAUAGUUUAUGGUCUUUCAUGUAUGCAAGGAUGGAGAGUCAAUAUGGAAGAUGAUCAUUCUACUAUAUUAAACAUGAACACUGUUAAAGAUUAUCAACAAGAAGAUGAUGAAGUUAAACAAGAAUCAAAUGAUGAUGAUCACGUAGCAUUUUUUGGAGUUUAUGAUGGACAUGGAGGUGAAAGAGCAGCUAUUUUCACUGGAGAAUAUUUACCUCAAAUUAUUAAAUCGACUCCUUCUUUUAAGAAAAAAGAUUAUGUUAAUGCUUUAAAAGAGGGUUUCUUAAAUUGUGAUCAAGCUAUCUUAAGAGAUUUUAAUAUGAGAGAUGAUGAUAGUGGAUGUGCUGCUACAUCAGUUAUUGUUACUAAAGAUGAAAUUUUUUGUGGUAAUGCAGGUGAUUCAAGAACUGUUAUGUCAAUUAAUGGUUUUGCUAAAGCAUUAUCUUAUGAUCAUAAACCAUCAAAUGAAGGAGAAAAGACUAGAAUUUGUUCUGCUGGUGGUUAUGUUGAUAUGGGUAGAGUUAAUGGUAAUUUAGCUUUAUCAAGAGGUAUUGGAGAUUUUGAAUUCAAGAAAAAUAUCGAUUUACCUGCUGAAGAACAAAUUGUUACUUGUUAUCCUGAUGUUUUAAAUCAUAAAAUUAAUUUCGAAAAUGAUGAAUUUAUUAUAUUAGCUUGUGAUGGUAUUUGGGAUUGUUUAACAUCUCAAAGUUGUGUAGAAUGUGUUAGAAGAGGUAUAUUUGAAAGAAAAUCUUUAACAACUAUUUGUGAAGAAAUUAUGGAACUAUGUUGUGCUCCAACAAGUGAUGGUUCAGGUAUUGGUUGUGAUAAUAUGUCUAUCGUUAUUUUAGCUUUAUUAGAUCAUUCGAAAAAUGAAACUUUAGAUCAAUGGUAUGAAAAAAUCAUUAAAAAGAUUGAAAUUAAUCAAUCAAAAGAAUCAAAUUCUUCAAAAUUUGGAUCAAUUUCAAAUCCUUAUAAUGAUAUUUAUAAAGAUAUUUACGGUCAAUAUUAUGAAAUUGGUCAACAAGCUCAAAAUUCCAAUUCAAGAAAUCAAUCAAGUGGUAAUGGUUUAGGUGGUUAUUCAAUGUUUGGUGGUUUACCUGGUUUAAGAAAUCAAGAAUUUAAUGAAGAUGAUAAUACUAAUAAUGAUAAUAAUGAUAAUGAAAAAGAUUUAGAAAAUAAUGAAGAAAGUGAAGUUAAUGGUGCUAUAUCUUUACAAAAAUUAUUAGCUUCUAAUGCCAUUACUAGUGAAAAUGGAGUCAUCUACUUAGAUACUUCAUCAGCUCAAUCUUUAUUAGCUCAUUAUGGUAUCGCUGGUUCUGAAGAUGUUAAUUUCGAAGAUGUUGAAGAUGUUGAAAAUCCCGAUGUUCAUGAAAAACAUAUAGAGGAAGAUAUUGAGAAAGAUGAUAAAUAA